AUGACGACUCACUACGGGCGACAUCUCGAGCGACUACAACGUGGCGAGUACCUUGAAGGAAACGCUCUUUUAGCAUUAUGUGAACGUGUAAAGGAUCUACUUGUUGAAGAUGAUAAUGUCGUCCACGUCGCCUCUCCCGUCUCUGUCUGUGGGGAUAUUCAUGGUCAAUUCCAUGAUUUAGUGGAAUUAUUUAAUUUAACAGGUCAAGCCCCCGAUACAAGUUAUGUGUUUUUAGGGGAUUUUGUCGAUCGAGGAGCUAUGAGUGUCGAAACCAUUUCAAUGUUAUGCGUACUUAAGGCGAGUUAUCCAGAUCGUGUCACAUUAUUACGUGGUAAUCAUGAAUCCCGUCAGACGACGCAGGUCUAUGGGUUUCAAAUUGAAUGUAUGAAGAAAUACGAUGGAGAUACACGUAUUUAUAAGGCAUUUAUGGACCUUUUUGACUUUUUACCAUUAGGGGCCCUUAUAGACAAUAGUUUAUUAUGUCUUCAUGGAGGUUUAAGUCCUGCAUUACAUCAUUUGGAUCAAUUAAGAAUGCUUGAUCGAUUCCAAGAAAUUCCUCCCGAUGGAAUUUUUGCUGAUAUUGUGUGGUCUGAUCCAGAUCCCAAGACAUUGGGAUUUCAUAUGUCACCGAGAGGCGCUGGAUACAUUUUUGGAGAAGAUGUGGUAGAAAAGUUCUUGCAUACGAACAAACUAGCACACAUGGCAAGAGCACAUCAGUUGUGUAUGGAGGGAUUUCAGGUCCUGUUUCGAGAAACUUUUUCAACGGUCUGGAGUGCACCAAACUACUGCCACCGCUUUGGAAAUCUUGCGGCUAUCAUGGCAGUUGAUGAUCACCUGGAGCGCACAUACAAAACCUUUAAGGAAGCGCCAUCGUCCAGGAACAUUGGCGUGCUGGACAGUAAGGGCACGAGCUCUGACGCCAUCGAUGCCGGCUACUUUACAUAA